AUGGCAGUUGACGAGCUGACGACAGAAGGCGAGACGACGACACAUGACUCCAGAAACAACAAUGGCGCACCAGACCUCCGCUUCAUUCACUACAACGAUGUCUAUCACGUCGAAGCUGGCUCCCAGAAUCCAGUUGGUGGCAUCCCUCGUUUCAGGACGAUAUGCCAGUACUACCAGCACGGCGCCCCCUUCAAAGGCCUACCGGAUGUGAUGACACUGUUCAGCGGAGACGCCUUCAACCCCAGCCUGGAAAGCUCUGUGACUAAGGGCAAGCAUAUGGUCCCGGCAUUGAACGCUCUAGAAACCACUGUGGCUUGCUUGGGCAACCAUGACCUCGAUUUCGGAGUCGAGCAGUUCCAAUAUCUGGCUUCGCUGUGUGAGUUUCCCUGGUUAUGUGCGAAUGUACUGGAUCCGGCGCUGGGCGAGGAUGUACCGCUCGGGAAUUGCAAGCGCACGCUCAUGCUCACAUCCUCCAAUGGGAUCAAAGUCGGCUUCAUUGGGCUUGUUGAGCGAGAAUGGCUGGACACUAUCAACACGCUUCCUCCGAACCUCAAGUACCUCUCCGCCUCCGCUACAGCAGCUGACCUUGCGCCCAAGCUUCGUACUGAGGGAGCUGAGAUGGUCGUAGUGCUGUCUCAUCAACGAGAACCGAACGACAACAAGCUAGCGGAGAAGCUGGCGCCGGGGACAGUCGAUAUGGUAUUAGGAGGCCACGACCAUUUCUACGGCCACUCCAUCAUCAACGACACCCAUGUCUUGCGUUCUGGUACCGACUUCAAGCAGCUCUCCUACAUCGAAGCACGCCGGAAAGGAGGCGAUAGCAGAGGCUGGGACUUUAACAUAAUCCGUCGAGACGUCGUCUCCAGCAUUCCGGAAGACGCCGAUGCUGCUGCCAUGGCUGAGAAGCUGACUUCCACGCUCAAAGCGAAGCUGGACAAGCCCAUCGGAUACACCGCCGCGCCGCUCGAUGCUCGUUUCACUACUGUCAGAUUGAAGGAGAGCAAUAUGGGCAAUUUCGUCUGCGACCUGAUGCGUUUUCACUACCACGCCGACUGCACCAUCAUGGCUUCGGGUACGAUACGUGGAGAUCAAAUAUACCCGCCUGGCGUACUGCGGGUGAAGGAUCUGAUGAACUGCUUUCCGUUCGAAGAUCCUUGUGUUGUCAUCAGCUUGAAAGGCAAGCAUGUCGUCGAGGCACUGGAAAAUGCCGUAUCAACAUAUCCAGCGCAGGAAGGCCGUUUCUCGCAAGUCAGCGGAAUCAAAUUCACCUUCGACGCGAAAGGGCCAGAGGGUUCUCGAUGCUCCGACGUCUUCAUCGCAGGCUCUCCAGUAGAUCCCGAGCGCGAGUACACACUCGUUACCCGAGAGUACAUGGUCCGCGGCAAAGACGGCUUCACCUCACUCAUGCUAGAAGAAAACGGUGGGCCUGCGAAGUCAGUCGUGAGCGAGGAGAGCGGACUGCUUAUCUCGAUGAUUCUGCGACAAUACUUCAUGUCCCUCAAAGUCCUCGGCAGAUGGAAGAACUGGGGCCAUAAUAUGGGCAGGCAUUGGGGUGGCGUGCACGAAAAUCUGCACGACGUGCACCCGGUCCGCGAGCCUGUCAAACCUGGUGAAGCGCACGAUGAGAAGGCUGUCGCGCGGCAGCCGGAGUCAAAAGGCGCGAAAGAGAUUGUGUCGUUAGUCGGGAAGGCGCAGCGGCAUCAUGGUCACUCUCGUAAGCAUAAGGAGGGGGAGAACGAGCACGAUUCUGACAGCGAAGACGACGCUACGGACGUUCCUCCAGUCCCUACAGACCUCAGCGAGCACGAGCGGGAGUUGCUGAUUAUGCGGAAAGUAAUGCGCAAGUGGUGGCGACUGGCAGCCUUGCCAGGCCAUCCAAACAUGACAUCUGUAGUCGGGGAGGAGUUCGGUGUGCAUUGGGCUAGGGGGAUAGCGCCGAAGCUGGAAGGGCGAAUUACGAUUUUGAAUGCUGCAGCGUAG